AGAAGACUCAUCUAGACAAGAUGCAAUUCUGGCAUGCUCUGCACUGAAGAAGAUGUAUAGGCGUGUAUUAGUUAAUGGAGCAUCUGCAAUUGCAAGCAACCAGCCAGAGCAACCAGGAGAAAAUGCAGCACUGAAGAUCCUCUUUGUUCAUUUGGAUGGGCCUAUAGACAUCAUUGCUGCCCGUCUGGAGAAGAGGAGAGGACAUUUUAUGCCACCUGAACUUCUCAAGUCUCAGUUUGAUACUCUGGAGCCUCCUAGUGCACCAGAAAACUUUAUUACUGUCAGUCUAGAAAAAUCUCUCCCUGAAAUAGUGCUGGAGAUUGAAAGCGCCAUUUUUCAGGGUGACGCUGUUCUGGAGUAA